AUGCCCCCUAACGCCGAUGUUGCGUCCACAGUGGCAGGUGCUGUUGCCGCAUUUCUAGUUGCCCUAGACAGUAUCCCUGCCAUCAAAAGUAUCGCCGAUCGGAUCGUGCGCAGAUCGCCUCUGCCGAAUGAACACGAUCUAGCCAAGACAGUUUACCGCGAUGAAGAUGGCGAAGCCUCGGUGGAAUCAAUCCGAGCGUUUUCAGAUAAAUGGCAGCGUGUAGUGAUUGCUGUGUUCACCGCCGUUGGUUUCAUCGCAACUCUGGCCCUGGCGAUUUUCAUAACCUUACAUUACCGCACGCACUAUAUUGUCCGGGCGUGGUUGCAGUUGGGAAUAUGGGUGUUGCUCUCCACACAAGCAGUUGCGUUCUUCACUGAACCCCGGCCAACCCAUCGAUUUCAACUUGGUCAGUUCUCAUUUGGUGGCAGUCUGAUUGCUAUCGCAUUCACUGGAAUCGAAAUCCGCGUGGCAUGGAUCUCCCAUAGUUUGAUCCUUCAAGAGCAAGUAUGGGUAGCGCUGGUGGCUACCCAACUGACCAGCGCAUUGCUACGGGCCCUGUUUAGCUUGCUUCUUCCACGCCGGCCAGAUGUUUUCUAUGAUGGUAAACUUGUGGAUCGUGAAUACACAGUUUCGGCUCUGGGCCGUUUCACAUUUUCGUGGGCCGGCAGCCUGCUCAGCUUCGCCGUAAAGAACCGCACGCUAUCUCUCGAUGAUCUACACAAGCUACGAAUGAACAAGCGGGCAGCGAGCGUUCGGGCGAGGUUCGAAAAGGCCAGAAAGUCGCGCAAGAUCUGGAAAGCAAUUAUCAUUGCUCACUGGGACUCGCUUAUGUUUCAACUCUGCUUGACUGUUAUAAUUGCCAUUCUCAGUUUCGGCCCCCAGACCGCUCUGUUUAAUAUCCUUGGCUCGCUAGAGGCCCGCGGGACCGAGUCAUUCCAUCCUUUACAGAUGAUUCUAUGGGUUCUGGCGCUUGGAGGGCUGAUGCUGCUACACUCAAGCUUUGAGGCAUGGCUCUUCUGGGCUGUGUGCUCGAAAGUAUUCGUACCUAUGUAUGCCGAACUUUGCGCGGUUGUCUUUGCCAAGUCAAUGCGUCGAAAGGAUACCAAGGGCACAAAAAAGUCCAAAGGAAAGAAUGAAGCGACGGAUUCCGGAAAAGCACUGCUGAAAGAGCAGGACGAGAAUGAGGAAGACGAUGAAGCAUCGUUGAAAAAGAGCCGACAGAGUAUCAUCAACCUGGCUGCGGUCGAUGCGAGACGUGUCUCGGACUUUAGUUCCUGGGGCUAUCUCAUUCCCUUUGCAAUGUUGAAGGUUAUCAUUGGUUGCAGUUUCUUGGUCAAGAUCCUCGGCUGGCGCAGUGCCUUUGCCGGCAUUGCUGUCUCCUUACUGGUCACUCCUCUCAACGUUUAUGCCGCUAAGAAAUACACCGGUUCUCAGGAUAAAUUGAUGAAGCUGAGAGAUCAAAAGAUGGCGAUUGUUACGGAGGUGCUUCAAGGAAUCCGCCAGGUGAAAUUCUCAGCAUUGGAGCAGCAGUGGCAGGAUAAGAUUGGCCGCGCGCGAGAUUCAGAACUCCACGCUCUGUGGAUCUCAUUCAUGUAUGACGUGGUUCUUCUGGCAAUUUGGAUCCUCGGCCCUAUCGGUCUUUCUGCGGUUUCAUUGACAGUAUAUGCGUUCAUCCAUGGUGGGCUAUCAGCCUCUGUUGCUUUCACAGCGAUGUCUGUUUUUGGUGCCUUGGAAAUGUCCCUUGCUAUUCUGCCUGAGCUCAUCUCCAAUGGUCUGGAGGCCAUGGUCAGUGCCGAUCGUAUUGACGUUUAUUUGGGCGCGGCAGAAAAGAUCGUCAAUACCGUCCCCUCCGAUAGCAUCGCGUUUGAGGCCGCGUCGGUGGCGUGGCCUGCAGAGCCGGAAACAGAAGAAGAAAACGAGGAAAAUAGAUUCAUACUACAUGACUUGAAUCUGGAAUUUCCGAAGAAAGGUCUGAGUGUUAUUUCUGGAAGAACUGGAUCUGGAAAGAGCUUGCUCCUCGCCUCCAUCCUUGGCGAAUGUGAUGUUCUCUAUGGAACAGUCAAAGUGCCCGUGCCACCCCCAAUCAAGGAACGUCAUGACGACCGUGUGACAAGUGCAAACUGGAUCAUUGAUUCGGCAAUUGCAUAUGUUGCACAGAUUCCGUGGAUCGAGAACGCAACUAUCAGAGACAAUAUCUUAUUCGGUCUCCCCUAUGAUGAAAAACGGUACCAGGCAACUCUCUUUGCGUGUGCGCUCACAAAGGAUUUGGAGAUGCUGCCCGAUGGUGAACUCACAGAUAUUGGCGCGAACGGUGUCAACCUGAGUGGUGGUCAAAGAUGGAGAGUUUCAUUCGCCCGAGCACUUUAUUCACGAGCGGGAAUCCUCAUCAUGGAUGACAUCUUUAGUGCACUGGAUGCCCACACUGGCCGGCAUGUCUACGAACACGCACUUACUGGUGAUAUCGGACGAAACCGAACUCGAAUUUUGGUCACUCACCACGUUGCCCUUUGUCUUCCGAGAACUGACUACUCCGUUCUUUUGGAAAAUGGCUGCAUCAAAUAUGCAGGCACUAUUGAAGAGCUCAGAAAGGAAAAUCACUUGGAUGAUAUUCUUCGAGAAGAGGAAGCCGCCACCAAAGAAGACCAGAGAGUUACCACUGAAGAAUCCGCUGCUAUCGAUCCGGAGCAGACAACAUUGCAAAAGGUCAUUUCCAACACAUCGCACCAAAAACCUGCUGCUGAGCAAAAUGAUGGGGUGACAAAGCAGUCUUCUCCUAAGAAGUUCAUCGAAGAUGAGAAACGAGAAGUUGGACAUGUUCAACUCUCUGUGUAUAAGACUUAUUUGUCAAUGGGUGGUAGCCUUCUUUUCUGGAUUAUCACUGUGUUGGUUUAUCUCGGGUAUUCUUCGCUGAUGGUAGGACGGGCUUGGUGGAUUAAUGUUUGGACCAGCCAGACAUCCAGCACGCAAGCUCAGCAUUCUCAUCCAGAGCAAUUCCGGACUCUUCUGCAGCACACAAUGACCCGAAAUGUUACAGCACAGGAGGAUGAUCAUCUGCGGCUGUACCUUGGCGUUUACAUUGGGAUCUCGGUCCUCGCCUGUGCUAUUGGAACUGCACGGUUUUACUGUAUUCUAUCAGCAAGUGUGCGGGCAUCAAGGAAUCUGUUUAAUCGAUUGACGUUCGCCAUACUUCGUGCGCCAUUGCGAUGGCUCGAUACCGUUCCCCUCGGUCGAAUUCUCAACAGAUUUACCUCUGACUUCCACAUGAUCGAUUCACGAAUUGGAUAUGAUCUUGGAUUUCUCACAGGCCACGUCUUGGAGGUGUGCGGCAUUUUGGUUGCCGGUAUCCUUGUGUCUCCACUGGUGAUUGUUCUGGGGGCUAUACUGUUGGCGACAUGUACAAAGCUAGCGGCGAUCUACUUAGCUGGCGCAAGAGAAGUCAAACGAUUGGAGAGUACAGCAAAGAGUCCCGUUUUCGAACAAUUCGGGUCCAGCUUGACUGGCUUGAUAACCAUUCGAGCUUUUAGUAAGAGUGAGACUUUCAUUGACCUCAUGUAUGGCAAGAUCAACGCCCAUGCGCAGGCUUGGUGGACCAUGUGGCUCUUUAAUCGCUGGCUCGGCAUCCGCAUGAAUGUUGUCGGGGCAGUUUUCUCGACACUCACUGCAGUACUUGUGGUUUCGCUUCCGGGUAUCUCGGCUUCGCUCGCUGGCUUCGCGCUCAGCUUUGCCCUACAGUGCAAUUCCGCCAUUGCCAUGGCUCUUCGGCAAUACGCCAAUAUCGAGCUAAACAUGAACGCCACGGAGCGCAUCAUUGAAUAUUCUAAAAUUGAGCUCGAGAACCAGGGUGGCAUCGAUGCCCCUGCCGCCUGGCCGACGGAGGGCCGGCUGGAGGUCAAUGAUCUGGUCGUGGGCUAUGCCCCGGAGCUGCCUCCUAUUCUGAAGGGUCUCAGCUUCACAGUCGAGAAGAACCAGCGAGUCGGCGUUGUCGGUCGUACUGGCGCAGGCAAAUCGUCUUUGACUCUUGCGCUCUUCCGUUUCCUCGAAGCCCGGGAGGGCCAAAUCCUUAUCGAUGGCUUGGAUGUCUCAAAGAUCAAGCUCCACGACCUGCGCAGCCGCUUGGCAAUUAUUCCCCAGGAUCCUGUACUGUUUUCCGGGACCGUGCGCACGAAUCUAGACCCAUUUGACGAAUACAGUGAUUCGGAGCUGAACGAUGCCUUGAUGCGUGUGCACUUAAUUUCGACAGAAGUGGAUGACGAUGAGACCACCUUGACGUCUCAAGUUGCGACACCGCGUCCAUCGAGCACGACCGGCGCAACAACACCCGAUACCGCCACUGCGCACCAAGUCAAUGCAAACAUCUUCACCUCCCUCUCCGCGCCAAUCUCUGAAGGUGGGCUGAACCUCUCGCAGGGCCAGCGCCAGCUUCUCUGUCUAGCGCGAGCUAUCGUCUCUCGACCCAAAAUCAUGGUGUUAGACGAGGCCACCUCGGCCGUGGACAUGGAAACCGAUGCACUGAUCCAGCAGUCCAUUCGCGCCGAGUUCGGCCGCAAUGCGACUACGUUACUAGUUAUUGCUCAUCGGCUGAGCACAAUUGCUGAUUUCGAUCGCAUCCUUGUAAUGGAUGCCGGCAAGGCGGUUGAGUUUGGAGCACCGAAAGAUCUGAUGGCGAUUGAGAAUGGAGUAUUCAAGAAUUUAGUGGACAAUAGCGGCGAGAAAGCGGUAUUGGAAAGAAUGAUCGCUGAGUCGAACUGA